AUGGUAUUAGUAUACCACAUUGCACUAGCUACUUUAGCCACCCUUGUGGUCAGUACGUUGGCACUCAACAAUGGUUUGGCCAGAACACCCCCAAUGGGAUGGCUGUCCUGGCAGAGGUUUCGCUGUAACAUUAACUGUGUUGCUGACCCAAAGAACUGCAUCAGUGAGCAGCUGUAUAUGGACAUGGCUGACCGACUGGCAGCUGAUGGAUACAAGGAGGCUGGCUAUGUCUAUGUCAACAUUGAUGAUUGCUGGGCUUCCAAAGAACGUGACCCAAAGACGUUGCAACUGGUGGCCGAUCCUAAACGGUUCCCACGUGGGAUAAAAUUUCUGGCAGAUUACGUCCAUGCUAAAGGCCUGAAACUGGGUAUCUAUGGUGACAUGGGUACUUUAACCUGUGGGGGUUACCCAGGCAGCAAAUUCUACAUGAGUCUUGAUGCUAGGACUUUUGCUGAUUGGGGGAUCGAUUCUUUUAAAAUGGAUGGUUGUUAUUCAAGAACAGAGGAUUUUACUAUUGCCUAUCCUAUCAUGGAGGCUUUCUUGAACAGUACUGGACGUCCAAUCUUGUUCAGUUGCAGUUGGCCGGCUUAUCAAAUUGAAUCUAUUCCGGAUUAUCCCCGUAUUGCUGAAUACUGUAACAUUUGGAGGAAUUUUGACGACAUUGAUGACUCCUGGAGCAGUGUCCAGAGCAUCAUUGAGUUCUAUGGCACUGACAAGGGAAACUUUAGUGGUGUGGCUGGGCCCGGAAACUUCAAUGAUCCAGACAUGAUUAUUGUUGGAAACAAAGGCCUCAGCCCGUCCGAGGCCCAGGCCCAAAUGGCGAUGUGGGCCAUAAUGGCAGCACCUCUGUUCCUGUCUAAUGAUCUGAGAACUGUUGACCCCGAGUCGAGGGCGCUGAUACUGAACAAGGGGGUAAUAGCGAUUAACCAGGACCCUCUAGGGAUCAUGGGUAAACGGUUGUUUAAGAACAGUGGAAUCGAAUGUUGGCUGCGACCUGUGACCCCAGUUGGCAGUUAUGCUGUGGCUUUCUUAAACCUGAACGACGGCGGCUCAGGGACGACACUGAAAUAUACCCUAAAAACACUUGGUAUCCAGGAAACAGCAACUUUUAAUUUAACUGAAGUUUUCACUGGCACGCCGCUCGGUGUGUUUACGGCAGAUAAAUCUAUUACUGUAUUCAUUGAUGUGUCCAGUGUCUUUCUGGGAAAAUUUUCUAAAAUAAGUGGGUGA